UGUAGAAUAAUUGUUUGAUGUAUGUGGUGUUCUUUAUUUUGUGCAGAGGGCACACUGAGAAGGUUUCUUGAAGCAGCCAAUCAUUACAACAUAAGACUGCUGCUACCGGUAAUUGCUGCCUUUUGUUCUUUUAAUUCAGUAGUUCUUUAUUUAGUGCCAUUAUCAAAAUCUACUCCAGUUGUGUUAUUUGAUUGCCUCUAGUUUUUUUACUGGUCAAUAAUCCACUUUUGGUAUUUGAUUUCCUUCAUUCUUUUCUUACAGGUCAUCAAUAUUUAUUCUGUAGGAUAGCACAUGGAGCAUUACAGGAUUGUAUGUACUAACCAUCAAAAACAGUACCUGGAAAAUGAAGUACUCCUCUUUAGCGUAAUGGGCCACCAGAUAAGCCAGUUCUCUGCAAUGCAUGUGGGUCAAGAUGGAGGAUAAAGGGUGCGUCCGUGAAUUAAACACCGGCGCAUAAUCGGGAAGAUACUGACGCUGGCGAAGCUGGACCUGACAAGCUAAAGCUCAAGGGACAAAAACGUCCGAAGAAAUUACCAAACCGAAGCAUAGUGAAGGAUGAACCAUGGUCUGACCGGCGCUUGUUGAUGAUCUCAACUCCAUAAUGCACGAAGAGCGGUUAUAUUGCCUUUCAGCAGGAUCAACACAGGAAGACCUACUUUAUCAUAGCGAAACUCCUGCUGGAUCCUUUGAGAUUGGCUAUGGAAGCGUGCUCCUUCGACAUCCAAACACAAAAUCAGAGGAAGAAUCAGAAGCGAACUAUGUUCCUGCAGAUACCAACUGAUACAUUACAAGUGAAUCCUAUUCAGGUUGUGGCUCAUUCAUUGCGCAUAGUGAAAUCAAAGUAGCGAGCAACCCAAAUACUGUAUCUGAGAAGUUAAAGUGGUCACUAAUGCAGACAAAUGAUGGUGCUAAAAGGGAUGAGCUUCAUUACUCGAACAAGCAUAUCUUGGAGAGCGCACAUUCAGCUUUUGUUUUGGUAGCUUUAGAGGAAAAUUACAGUAAGGAAGUUGGAGGCCUUAUCAAGUCCAACAUGUGGUCUCUGAAAAGACCUUAUGAAAGCCAGCCACAAAGCUUCAUAGAUGCAGAAGUGAGAGGAGGAGCCAUGAGAAUAGCUCCUUCGAGAUCCAGGGCUGUGGCUUCUUCUUGUCAGUUGAGAAGAAGCGUAUUUUUGCCGAAAACUGGCAAUGCCACCGGAGCAGCAGCAACAUCACUCAACCUGUUCAUGUUAGCCCCAGAUAAAUUAUCAUCCAUGCUGAACCCCGCGGACAAGGAUUCUGACCAAGACUCGCUGCUGGAGGUUCGGUCCAGGUUGCCGCCGUCGCGGAGCUGGACGAGGUCAUGGCGUCUUCAAGCUUUUUUAGGCUGAUGCUCCUCUGUCCACAGAAUCUCGGAGCAGCAAGGUGUGUUGCUGCUACUCCCUACACCUCUUGAUGUUACCAUUCUCCAUCCACAGCUACCAUUUGGAGAAAAAGCUAUCCAGAAAUAAGAUUCACGGGAGCCCUCGGACGCUCACAGAGCUCAGCACAAUCCGGCCGUUUUGCUUAGUGUAAUCACCCAAGUGCUUAGAUUAUUGAGUAGUGGAAAUCAUGUGGUUUUGCCUUACUUUCUUUCUCAUUUUAGAUCCUGCCUUAACCAUACGAAGUAGUUUGAUGCCUGACAAAUAGGUUGAGCCUAUAAGGUUGACUGUGAAAAAUAAACUGAGCUUAUAAGUUUGACUGCCAUGUUAUUGACUUUCUUUUGACUGCAA